UCAAAAUAAAAAAAAAUUUAAAACUCUGUUUUUUCUAAGGCGUUGGAGAUUUUCAGAUUCUUUUUCUUCUUCUUCAGAGGAUCCAGCAAUGAAUAUAGCUUCGAGGAUUCGGCGGAGUUUUUUCGGAGAGAAGACGAAAUCUUCUGAUGGGAACAGCUUAACGAGUGGAUCGAGUGUUAAAGAAGAAGGUAAAGAUGAGAUUUUGGGAGUAACUGAUGAGUUAAUCGAUCAUGUCAGAUCCUUCACCAUUGAUACGUUUAAGGACUUCUCUCUUGAAGCAGAUGAAGAAGAAGAAGAAGCGUCUGUGGAUACUUUGGGAGAUGAAGGUAAUGGAAUGAGUUCAUCUGCUAAUGUGAAGAAGGAUUUGUCUGAUUGGCAGGAGAAACAUGCGGUUCUUGUGUUAUCGAAAUCGAAGGAACUCUCACAGCUGAGAUUCAAGUUAUGCCCGCGAGUUUUAAAAGAACAUCAGUUUUGGAGGAUAUAUUUCCUGCUUGUGAGGAAGCUUGUGGCAAAAUAUGAGGUGCUAGCAAUCCAACAGGCUAACAUAAGGAGGAUGGCCAUGGAAGACAGUAAAACUUCUGAAACCAAAGGUGUAUAUGAAGUUGAAAUGUCAGAAACGAAGCAAAGGUUGGGUACAGGACCUGCAACUCCGUGAAGCUUGUGUGGUGAAGUUUGAAAGAAAACAUGACAGUUUUGCUCACAAAUUAUCCAAACCAAAAUGCUGAACCAUCGGAGUUGAAACCAGGCUUGAUCAGUAAAUAUUGUUCAUGUGUUUAAAAGGUGACAAAACCAAGACGGUUUUGAUUCUUCAGAGGUGUAAAUGAUCAUGUGAAUUUAGUAUCAGACAUAACACAGUGGUCUUAAACCCUUUGUAGCAAUAACAAUAGACAUCAUUAUUAAAUGUUUUGAUUCGUCCGA